ACCGAAAUACCGAAAAAAGAAACGUUAAGAAAUACAAUUGAGGAAUGGCCACAAACCGAAAUGCCUAACUACUUUCAAUAUGUAUUGACUGGUCGGAAAUGGGCAAUGUGACGGCCAAGACCUCUGCCGUGAAACCCUACCUCUCGCCAUUUCAGCCCUAGCGCAGCUCACUAAACUCGACAUAGUCGCCGAACUACAUCCAUAUUCCUUCAAUUGCUGCCGGAUUACCACCACAGGUACUUGUUUUUUGUGGAGAUAAACGCUUUAUUUUCUAAGCUUUUGUUAUCACGUUAUUAUAAACCACACUCAUUUAUGGGUGUUCUGGAGGAGAUAUCUGGGAAAUUUGAGCAAAAUUUGGACUUGAUACGGAAAUGUUCCCGAGAGGCUUUGACUGGAUUGGAAGCUAGAGAAAAUCAUCUGAAUGGAGUACAAGGAUCUCUUUCUGAAAGUUCUAGAAAACUUGCUGUGAUGCUAGAUGCCAUUGAAGCUCGGGCGAAGGAAUUUGAGGAGAAGGAGAGAGAGUGUCGUUUGAUCUUGGAACAAGGGUGGAAAGAAUUGGAGGUGAAAAAGAAUGAAUUGAGUUUGAUUAGAGAUGAUAUUAGAGUUAGGGAGGAGAAAUUGAGUGAGCAAGAGAAGUUGAUAGGAGGGCUUUUUGAGAGGAUAGAGUUGGAGGGCAAACAUAUUGGGGAUCUUAGAAGUUCUGUUGAUGAGGGAUUUAGAGAAAUAUGUUUGAAAGAAAGGCAGGUAGUGGAUCGUUGGAGGGAGCUCGAGUUGGUUAAGAAACAGAUUGGGAGUAGAGAAAAUGAGCUUGAUAAGAAAGAGGAAAAGUUGGAGAGUUUAGAGAAGGAGAUUGAGUUGAGGGAAAAGGUUUUGGAUUCAAAACAGGGGAUGCUUGAAGCUAGAGAAAGUGAGCUUGAGGCUAGGAAAAGGUUUUGGAGUUACAGAAGGAGCUUGUCAUGAAACAGAGAGAGCUUGACUCUGCUCAGAAAAGCAAGGAAUGUUGUUCUAAUAAACCGGCUUCAAUAAAUCCAACACCAUCCUCGGAAAGGACAAAGAAAAGAAGAAAAAGUGAAGACAAGGGCGCAUAUGAGAAUGACUCUGAACAACAUGCUGUCAUUGAUCUGGUUGGAUCAGACUCUGGUGAUUCAGGUCGUUCAGGUUCGGGAUGUGAUCUAAAUGAGUCCCAUUCAGUGUCAGAAUCCGAUUCAGCUUAUUCGGGUUCAGCAUGUGAUCUCGGUGAGGCAGGUUUAGGCUUGGCCAAUUCAAACUCAGAUUCGUACUCAGCUUCUUGUGAUUCUUCAGGUUUUGAAAACUCAAGUCCUAUUUAUCAUUCAAACAAAUUGUUUAAUGACUUCAGAAGAACAUACACCUUAAGCAGCUUUCGUGUUGGUCAAAUUUGGGCUUGUUCUUAUCAUAGUAGUAAUGAUAAGAUACAAAAAUUAUAUGCAAGGAUCCUGAAGGUGCGUGAUCCUAUUGUUCGUGUUGCAUGGCUCCAGCCUGUGGCACAUUAUCCACGUGCAAUGCCGUAUAAGAGGUCCAAAAGUGUGAAGUUACCUGCUACAAAGCAGGGUUGGAAGGAGUGGAUAGAUGCUGGCUUACCAGCUGGUUGUGGUGGAUUUAUGUGUGGUGAAGAAGAGGCCUUGUCAUUAUCUCGUUGUAACUUUUCGCAUCAAGUUUGCUACAAAGAGACUGUUACUUCUUGGCAUCUUGUUAGUCCUUACUUAAUUCAUCCUCAAGAGGGAGAGACUUGGGCCCUCUAUAAGGAUUGGAAUACUAAUUGCAGGGCUUCUGAACCUGAUAAUCAUUUACGCUGCCAGUAUGAGAUAGUUGAGAUUGUCCAGAGAAAUUCUUUUGACACUAGAGUUGCUUACUUGGAUAAAUUGGAAGGAUAUGCAAGUUUAUAUCACAGAAGAAGCCAUGAUAAGGAGGAUAUUUUUGUGAUACACGAUGAAGAAUUCUUUAGGUUCUCCCACAAAGUACUUUCUUUUAGGAUGAGCAGCUAUAAAAGGGAAGGUGUACCAGAGGGAUGUUUUGAACUUGAUCCCAAGUCGCUGCCUGCAGUUUUUUGAUGAACUUUGCAACAUUCAGAUCUAGAAGCCAGAUGUCAACCGUAGUCAUAAUUAAUCUGCAAGAAACUUUUCAAUGUUCAAGCACCUGCUAUCAUCCAGGUCAAGAGUGUGGACAAAUUUGCUGGUACCUAAUAGAAUUAUACAGAUAAUUCUGGUACUUGGAUAUGUUUACAUUGCCGGGUGUGUCAAGUUAGAUAUCCCUGUUAGCUAGCCUUUGCGGCUAUUUCUAUGCCUGUUUAGCAUAACAUGCAGGUGCAUGGUCUUCUGCAUCCACAUGAGAUAAAGCUGAGCCUAAAUGAGACAAAGCCUGCCCGAUGCGCUACUCUCAUCAUGAGUGGUGAUGUGUAUCUUUUUUCUUUUUUUUUUUAAUCUGGUGCAAUGGUGAUGUGUCUAAAUUUUUUCUUUUUAUAAUUUUCUAGUAGCUAAAGAAAGCUAUCUGCUUCAAAACAAUCGAGUUAUCAGGAUUUUCCACCUUUUAAGGUUGUAGAUAUUUCCACAUAAAAUGUUUCGCUUGUUCAGUUGAUAUGAGUUGUGGCUUUUUUACACUGACAUCCAUCAGCAUCAGUUGGCUUACUUCUUGAAGUUCAACUUGUCUGACUCAAGCGAACCUGAUGUAUAAAUAUGUCAGUUUCUUUGGUUAGAUC